AGCGCGAGAGAUGCGGCUUAGUGAGGGGAGCACUUCAACAGCAAGACAAAUAGCUAUAUCACUGAAAAACGGACGGGUUCAUUGUAAUAUGUCCUCGAAACGUUUUUGUAUCUAUUACUGGGAUAUUUAGCCUAUGUUUUGAUGCAGUCUACCUAUGUAGCCUACACCGGGGAGGUAACUGUAGCCAAGCGAAACAGUGAAGAACAGGCGGCCGGUUGAGGACAGCCGGGGACUCUCACAGCUACUUUCAGAGAUGUCCCUUCUCUGUGUCAGAGUGAAGAAAGCCAAGCUGGAUGGACCCAAAGAGAAGUUCAACACGUACUUGAUCCUGAAGGUGCAGAAUGUGAAGAGCACCACCAUCGCUGUCCGGGGCAGCAUGCCCAGUUGGGAGCAGGACUUCAUGUUUGAGAUCAACAGGCUGGACCUGGGGUUGACGGUGGAGGUGUGGAAUAAAGGGUUAAUAUGGGACACCAUGGUGGGAACAGUGUGGAUCCCCCUGCACAGCAUCCGCCAAUCAAACGUGGAGAGUCCGGGGGACUGGCUGACCCUGGACUCCCAGGCCAUCAUGGCGGACAACGAUAUCUGUGGAACCAAAGACCCCACCUUACACCAGGUGCUGCUGGACACACGCUUUGAACUGCCUCUGGAUAUCCCUGAGGUGGAGGCACGAUAUUGGGCCAAAAAACUGGAGCAACUCAACGCCAUGAGAGAUCAAGAUAUAACUAACCAUCACCCAUACCAAGAAGACCAGGAGCGACCACUUCCUGUCCCAGGGACACAGUGCUGUAACUGGAGUCUGUGGGGAGACCAACAAAAUGAGGACCCAGACAGUGCUGUGGAUGACAGAGACAGUGACUAUCGCAGUGAGACCAGUAAUGGCAUCCCUCCUCCUUACUACACCACGUCCCAGCCCAAUGCCUCCGUCCACCAGUACCCCAUCAGAGACCAGCAGAACCGCCCCUCCUCCUACCCCCCCUCUAACAGCUGUGAACCCCUCGACUACCACCAGAGGGCCAUCAGUCCGACGGGAAGCUAUGCAUCGUCGGCAGAGUUGAGUCACUGCAGCAGCCAGCUGAGUGAGGAGGAGUACUGCCCGGAAUACAGAGAGCGAGACCCUUAUGAUGAGAAUGACUCCUACCACUCCUGCCACUCCUCUGUCAGCUACAUCAAAGGUUCUCCCGACUGGGACCCCGAUGAGACCCAGGGGGCGUAUAGCGACGAGGGGGGCUACAGUAAGGAUGGGGAUGAGGAUGAUGGUGGUCUGUAUGAGGAAGAGGUGGCGAAUGAAGGAGAGGGGCACAUAUAUGACGAUGAGGAUUAUCUUCUGGAUGGGACCCUCAGUGAGGAUAUCCCCUACACCCCUACCCCCACCAGCACGGCACCCCCCACACUGGAUGUCCCAGGUGCUUCUAGACCCCCUCUGCAGAAACAGCCCUCUCUGCAUCAACAGCAGGCGCCACCCAGCCAACCGCCCAGCCAUGCCCCAAAUCUGGCCCACCCUCCGGGCAUGGCUCCAGGAGGACAGCCCCUGGGACAGCCAUCCACCCAGGCCCCUCAAGCCCAGUCUCAUCCCCAGCCAGCCCCUGCCCCAGCCCAGUCCUUCUUCUCCAUGGCCAAACCCUUCUCAGCAGCAGUAACAGGCCUGGCCUCCUCUUUCCUGUCUUCUGGAGUCCCUACUGCCCCACCUGCUCAGGCUCACCCCCCAGCUUCACAACCCCAUCCCCAGUCUGACCCCGCCAUCCCCCCAUCUCACCCCGCCACUACCUCCCAUGGGCCCCAGUCCACAACCACUGGCCCCCCUCUCAGCUGACCACCUCCACUGCCUCUCCCUCUGUUUCACAUACAGAGGGCCCUGAUGCCAAACCCCCCCUGCCGGAGGACCAACUUCUCCUAGAGGAAGACAAACCCCUUCCCCAAAAAAUUAGGACCCCUACCCCGACAGAG